AUGAAGCAUAUGGCAUGGAAAGCACGUAACAAAUUCAGUAAUCAAGAUAUACCUACUUCCAGAAUUAUAAUUUUGAAAUGUGCUUUCAUGAUUCUGAGUACCAAUGAUGACGAAAUUCAUGAACUUGAAAUGGAAUUCAAAUGUCUAUUCAUAUCAACCUUGCUAUGUUUUCAGUUAGCUUAUCUAAGCAUUACCGGCAUACGAGGCAUGAUCUCACGACUACAGAUGAAAUUUUAA